AUGCCUACUAUCCCUCUUCCCAAUGAAGUGCAAUAUUUAAUAAUAACCUUUCUUGAUAGCGAUGACUAUGGUACCAAAUUUAUUCUUUACAAGUAUCUUUUUGUAAAUCGGUUUUGGUGCAGAUGUAUUAUACCUAUUCUAUGGCGAAGACCUCGCAUAGAUGCACGAGUCAUUCGCACUUAUCUCUCAUGUCUCAAUUACGAUGAAUUAAAAACUUUAAUUCCAUUUCGAAUUAAUCUUCCAGCCAAUAAACCAUCUCCUUUGUUUGAAUAUGGAAUGUUCUUGGAAGUAAUUAAGCUUUCUGAUAUAAACAGAUCUAUAAAAUCAUGGUUAAGUAAAGAAGGAUAUAAAAUUGAAAGCGGAACAUGGUAUAAAAGAAUUGAAUCUUGGGAUCAUUUAAUGAACAGUGUAAAGACAGUAAUUUGGCGAAUGUUGAUGCGUAGGUGUCGCAGAAUAACAAGCAUCGAUCUAAAGUUAGAGCAUGGAGAAGGAGAUAUUCCAGAUAUUUAUUCUAGAAAAGCGAUUUAUAACUUGAAAGAUUUUAAUUUUAACAUACUUUCAGGAGAAUUUAAAGAAAAAGUAUAUAAGAACAGUAUUGAAUUACUUCGACGAUUGCCAUUACUUUCUACAAGACUUAAACAUAUCUUAUGGAAUAGCCCUUUAUACUCUGAUUUACUAGUAAAUCUUAUUAAAACACAAAAUGGACUUGAGACUUUUAAUAUCUCUCAAAUGUCGUUACGUUCGAACUUGACAAUUCUAUCAUCUUUGAGAGAUACUCAAUCUACAACUCUAACUUCUUUUUUUGCUUCACAUGUUCAUUUUAACAAGACUUCAAUUCAGAUUAUAGGUGGACUCCAUAAUCUUAAGACUCUUAGUCUAUCUUAUUGCGCUGGAUUAGAGCCUAAACAUUGCGAAAUCAUAUCCAGAGCAUCAUUCCGCUUAAAUAAACUUAUUUUACGCCACAAUUCUUGGUUCUUUAAGGUAGAUCUAGCAAUUUUCGAAAAAGCAGGUCAAUAUUUACAAUCCAUAACUCUUUAUGAUAAUUUCUCAUCAGAAAUUAUUCGAAAAGCUCAUAAACAUUGCCCAAAUAUUAAAAAAAUGAUCAUCUAUAUCGAAAGUUCGAUGCAUAUUCCAUCAUUUGGUACUUGGAUUAGUGGUCUACAAAAUUUGCAUACAUUAGUUAUUAUUGAUGCUAUUUCCUGUUCACGUAUUCCUGAAUUGGCUGAGAAAUUACCUAAAUCUCUUCAACAUUUUAAGUAUCAUGGGAAUUUAGUUUCGAUAGAUGAAUUUAGUAAAUUUUUUGAACUUUGUACGGUUCCUUUAGAUUCUAUUAGUAUUUAUCCCAUAAGUUUUAACUAUGUUUUUGAUCAAUAUAUUUCUGUCAUAUGCGAGUUUGCCAUUAGAGUCAAGAGUUUAAAAAGAUUAUUUCUUAGUAGAAGAGCUAUACCAAAACAGUGGCAACCUCAAGAAUUGGAACUAAAGAAAGAGCUAGAGAAACAAGGAGUGGACAUGCGCAUUCUUUUUACAUUUUAUGAGGAUUAA